GGUUGGGGCGCUGGAGCCACGCACGAAGUUUUCUCCGCUCCCGCGUGGAACGCAGCCGGCGAGCUCGACUCGGUUGCGUCUGUGGAAGGUGUGCUGGGGUGACCGGGCGGUCUGUGACCCGGCGCCCUUUCGGGAAGGCUGGUGGUGUCCGAGUGGGCCCGUGGGGGAGAGUCGGAGAAGGGUUUUGGGGUGGAAGGGACCCUCGUGGGUCACCCAGCGCGACCCCCCUGCAGCCAGCAGGGACACCUUUCCCUCGGUCAGGGCGAAGAAGCUGAGUUGGGCGGUUACUGUUUCGGUUAAACCUGUGGCUUUUUAUCUUGGCUCAAGAAUUGUGCUAGGCUGGCGUUUAUAUCGCACUUAGGUAAUGUGUCAAGUUUGUCAGAUGCCCGUGUUCGUCAGACAGCAAGGAACCUGCCUCGGGAUUACAAGAGCGUGUUGAUAAGUUGUGUUGAUAAGUUAUCUUGAAAAAGAACCAUCCUAAUAAUAGGUUGUUAUUCCCACUGAUAGGGCUGGGCAGGAUCACGAGGCGUGUGGAUAAAGAGCAAGAUGAGUCUAGCUGUGAGUGACUGCCAGUUAUCGGGACGUGACUCAUGUUUAAAGAGACCUGCUCUGGUUUUAGCGUUUUCCCCUUGUAUCUCUGGGCAAGCGGUAAAGCAGCAAGUAGUUAAGGAGCUUGGCUGUAUCACAGCAUUGGCUUGCAGAUGGUUUCCUGUGCUGCUGUUUUGUGGUAGGGCCUGAGAACAAUUCGGUGCCAACUGUUGUCACCACCGAGGCUGCGUGUGACUGAUGGACAGACAGACACAAAGAAUUGAAAUACAUAAGCUUCGUCAAGGUGACAAUUUGAUUCUGGGCUUCAGCAUUGGAGGUGGCAUUGAUCAGGAUCCUACUCAGAAUCCAUUCUCCGAAGACAAGACCGACAAGGGUAUCUAUGUAACAAGGGUGACGGAAGGAGGCCCAGCAGAAGUUGCAGGACUUCAGAUUGGAGAUAAGAUCAUGCAGGUGAAUGGCUGGGAUAUGACAAUGGUGACCCAUGACCAAGCUAGGAAGAGACUGACAAAAAGGAACGAAGAGGUGGUACGGCUGCUGGUGACUAGACAAUCUCUCCAGAAGGCUGUGCAACAAUCCAUGAUGUCCUAAUCAAUCAUAAAGUUGGGGAAGGGUUGGGGAGGGAGAUACAUAGACUGAUAUCAAGCAAGGAAGCAAAUACUAGACCUGAACAGGUUGUCUGGAAGGAGUGCAUGUUCCUAACUGUGGUAAACACUAUUUUUGGGCUGGCUUUUUUUUUUUUUCCUCUGGUGUAACUGGCAGUAGUAAAACUCUAGUCCCCUCAGCAGAGUGCUUCUCUAAAGUCUUCCCUGCAGGUACAUGGUAAGACUUUAUUGUAGUCAUGGCUUUCAGGAGGACAGGGCAAACCCUAGUUUAUCUAAGGAAGCAACUGGAAAAGCCUUAACUUUGUCAGGAUUCUUUUAUAGCACAAAAGCUUCCUAUUUUAAGAAGAAAUGUGGUUUCUGCUAUGGAAGAUAAGAAGGUUUGCUUUUAGAAGUGAGCUGUCCUGUCCCCCCAUGCUAUCACAUUAAAAUGCCAGAAUUAAGAGUUGCCUGCUGCUGUGGGGAGGAGCACUGUACUAAUCCCACAUUGUGUGCUAGCUAGACAGAGUAUGCUGAAGGGUUUGGGGCAUUAUGGUUUACUGCAAAGACUCCCUGUACAAAGCAGCCUCUUCAGAUAAGAAACAACUAAGUAACACACAAGUGUUAGAUUAAUGCUUGUGAAGUACACUAAAAGUUCAUAGACACUAGAGUUCAGCUUCACUGGCAGAGUAAAACCUGAAUUCUCCUUGUUCCCAAGUAAUUUGUAGUAUCAAAUGAAUCAUGUUUAAAUGAAAGGACUAUGGAGCAGGAAAGAAAACACUGUUGCUGAACUUAUCAAAAGAGCUGUUUGUAGCUGUAGAGUCUGCAGUUCUUCAUUCCACUUUGAUCUGACUUGAAAUGGGAAGGGAGAAUUGUGGUCUGUCUUCUAGAAGACUUUGCUUAAAUCACUGAUUUAUUGAGAUGAAUAUGCCAGUAAUUUGCAAAAGUGCCUCGACCAAAUUUAAACUUCUGGUAAGAUACUAAGUUGUUUAAAUCAACAUGCCACAGGAUUUAAGAUUCUUGCUGCAACACUAAGUUAAAUUAUCUAGCAUCCUAGUGGUUUGUUCACCAGCUAGCUUUACAGUUAUCCAAAAACUGGAGUUCUUAAUCCCCCUUCAGUUGAUUUAUACAUAUCUAUACUUUCCUUAAGCAGUCUUCAGGUAAGCUGUUGUAAAUAGAACAUGAGGAGGUGGCAGACUAACUUAUUCAGUACAUUACUGCUGUGCCAUGUACGUAUGUUGUGAUUAAUGCAUCUCAGACUGUUCUGUACACACCAGCAGAUGCCUAUUUACUGUUUUUAUAUCUACGGAAUUACUACAAUACUGCUUUUGAAUUUUGUAACUUAAGAAUUCAGUGGUAAAUUUUAAGGCGUUGAAGUUAUUUUUGUUACUAUAAAGAUACACUGCUAUUUGUACUGCUAUUUCACUUGA